AAGCCAUAUGCUAUCAAACAUACAUACACUUACAAAAUAAAAACUUUAUGAUAAAUUAUUUUAGAUGUGUUAACAUAUACACAUAUAUAUUUAUAUAAAUAAAAAGUAAAAUUGCUGGUGGUCUAUGCAGUAGGCUUAUGGGUGGGGCGGCACAUGAGGGCGCUGUUGUCGACAGGGGUUCUUACAGUUUGCGUCGAGCUUGCUCCUGUCAAAAGUUCACGAGUCGAUUUGUAUCAUUUUUCUUGUCCAGUAUUAAAAUAUUUAUCUUUUAUAGAAAAAAAAAAAAUAUAUAUAAAUAUAUUAAACUAAAUAAAAUUAAUAAAUUACCUGUAAAUUAAUUAGAAAAUUUAUAAAUAAUUUUUUAAAAAAUCCACAAAUAUUUUGGAGCACAAAAAAAAAUAUUUUCGAUUGAUUUAAAUUUAAAAAAUUAAUAAUAGUAAUACUUCGAAGAACUAUUAAUGUUGCAUAGUUAAUUUUUGUUUAUUUUAUUUUUUUGUUUUUAGUUUUUAAUUAUAAAUUAUUAAAUAAAAAUACAAGUGAUGAUGGUGCUGGUGAUAUAAAAGUGGUUUUUGGUUCUUCUUCUUCUUCUUCGUGGAUGUCAUUAUAAGGAUUAAAGGUCGUUGGAAGAUUGUCGUAAAAAAAAAAAAAAAUAAAAGGAAAAGAAAAAAAGGGGUGGCAGUUGCAGACAAAUUAUCGUGGCGGCGAUAAUUAAGUGGUGUGCGUGCAUAUCGCACGCUUAUCAAUCACGUGUAUAUAUUUUUUUUGCUGGUGUAUUAUAAAACUUGUGUUUAGUGUGCACGAGUGUAUAUUACAAAGAGGUAAUAAUAUAUAUAUGUAUAAAAUAUAAAUUAAAAAAAAAAAAAACAACGAGAGAAUUCGUGGAAAAAUACGGGGUUGUUUAUAUUGUGGUGUAUUGUUAGUGGUGUUAGUGGCGGUGGUGGUGGCGGGUCUUAAUUUGACCCGCGAUAAGGGGUGAAGGUAGAACGUGAGGAUAUUUUAAGGCCCUGGGGUGGCGUUUGUGAAGGCAACGUGUGGUAAGAUGGGCUGUGCCAUGUCUGCGGAAGAGCGGGCCGCUUUGGCCCGCAGUAAACAAAUUGAAAAAAAUCUAAAAGAAGAUGGUAUACAAGCUGCCAAAGAUAUCAAGUUAUUACUACUUGGUGCUGGAGAAUCUGGAAAAAGUACCAUCGUUAAACAGAUGAAAAUUAUUCACGAGAGUGGUUUUACACCAGAGGAUUUUAAACAGUACAGACCAGUUGUUUACAGUAAUACGAUACAAUCUCUAGUCGCAAUUCUCAGAGCAAUGCCCAACUUGGGUAUUAAUUUUUCAAUGAAUGAACGAGAGACAGAUGCUAAAAUGGUUUUUGACGUCAUUCAACGAAUGGAAGAUACUGAACCAUUCAGUGAAGAAUUAUUAGCAGCAAUGAAAAGGCUGUGGUCUGAUAAUGGUGUUCAAGAAUGUUUUGGAAGAAGUAAUGAAUAUCAAUUAAAUGAUUCUGCUAAAUAUUUCCUUGAUGACUUGGAUCGAUUAGGAGCUAGAGAUUAUCAGCCAACAGAACAGGAUAUUUUAAGGACUCGAGUAAAAACAACUGGAAUUGUUGAAGUUCAUUUUUCAUUUAAAAAUCUUAAUUUCAAAUUAUUUGACGUUGGUGGUCAAAGAAGUGAACGUAAAAAAUGGAUCCAUUGUUUCGAAGAUGUAACGGCAAUAAUUUUUUGUGUGGCAAUGUCAGAAUAUGAUCAAGUUCUUCAUGAAGAUGAAACCACGAACCGAAUGCAGGAGAGUUUAAAAUUAUUUGAUUCAAUUUGCAAUAAUAAAUGGUUCACAGAUACUUCAAUUAUUUUAUUUUUAAAUAAAAAAGAUUUGUUUGAGGAAAAAAUUCGUAAAUCACCACUUACAAUAUGUUUUCCUGAAUAUGGAGGUGCACAAGAGUAUAGUGAAGCUGCAGCAUAUAUUCAGGCACAAUUUGAGGCAAAAAAUAAAUCAACAACAAAAGAAAUAUACUGCCAUAUGACCUGCGCCACAGACACAAAUAAUAUUCAAUUCGUGUUUGACGCUGUUACAGACGUUAUUAUUGCAAAUAAUCUUCGUGGCUGCGGUUUAUAUUAAAUUUAAAAAAAACAUUUUUAAAAAUACAAUUUUCAUGUUCAUCAUUAACGAGCAAAGAAUACGAAUAAGAAAAGAAAUUUAAUAUAUAAAAAAAAAAAAGAAAGAAAUAUGGAUAAACUUUGUGUAUCUUUAUAAAAAAAAAAAAAAGUUAUACAAAUGGAAAAUUUAAAAGGAGGAAUUUGAAAUAAUAAAUACAGAAAUUAUAAUAAUAAAAAAAAAUAAAAUCAAUAGUUCGUAUCGGCUCGGCUCAUUCACAGGUUGAUAUUUAGAGGUCAUUGAGUCAUAACAAAAUCAUUUGACUUGUUUAUCAAUUAACCUCAGCAUGAAAAUAAAAUAAAUUUAAUUAUUUAAAAAUAUAAAUAUAAUAUUCAACAAUUAUAAUGGCAAUGAAUCGAUAAAUUGCGAAUGAAUAAUUAUAAAAUGGACAAUCGCAAGUUGAUUUAAAAUCAUAAAAAAUAGAAACGAGACAAGUCUGAAUAAAUGUGACGAGCCGGAUUGCAGUCGUUUUUAAAUGACAAAAAAAAACUAUUAAAAAAUCAAGAUUAAAUUCAAAAAUCAUCGUAUCAUUUUUGUGAAAGUGCGUUAUACUGAUUAGAAAAAAAAAAUAAGAAUCUUUUUCGACAAACACGCCGACACCGAGUUACUUUUUCUACACAAUAAUUUUAUUUCAUUUAAAUUGUGAUGUUUAUUUUAAUUUAAAAAAUACUUGUUUAUUCAAUCUAUGAAAAAUUUAUUAUUUGUUUUACUUUUACAUAUAAUUAGUAACAUUAAAAAUUUGAAAAAAAAAAUACAAAUUUAACAACGUAAUUAUUUACAAUAACACUACGCACAUGAAAAUGCAUUAAAUUACAUUUUUAAAUACAAAAAGAAAAAAAACAAAUAAUGUAUUUGUAAAAUUCAUAUGCACAAAAUAAUCAUACAAAGAAAAAAAAAAUGUAUUUGAAAAGGAAAAAAAAAAAAGAAACAAGAACAAAGUACGCUUAUUUCUUUACAUUCUAAUUUUAUAAUCACAUGUAUUGACAAUAUUUAAUUAUGUUUCACAAUAUUCAACAUGUACAUGAAAUUUCCACGUUGAUGAAAAGAAAAAAAAAGGAAACUAUAAAUAUUAAAUGGGACCUCUGAUUAUUCAUGCUAAUUAAAAAGCACAAAGAAAAACUAAUUUGACACUGUACAAAUUUGUUUUUCAUCAAUAAUGAUAAUAUUUAUAAUUUAUUUGAUUAUUGAAUCAUCAAAUAUGCUAGUUUAAAUUAUUUAUUACUACUAUAAUUUUUUGAUAAAUCAUUGUUAUGCAAUGACAUAAAAUAAAAAUUUAACAAACACAAACACACACAGUUAAUUUAAUAAUAAAAGUUACAUUUUUAUUAAAUAAAAAUUCAAAUUUUAGGUAGUUAAUAAUUAUGAUAAAUCUAGGUAAUGAUAUCAAAAAGUUAAUAAAUAUCCAUCUGAUUUUUUUCUAAACAAAAAUAAUAUUUGAUGGACCAUAUUAUGAUUGAAAAAAAAUUAAAACUCGUAUAGUCAACCAUAGACUUAGUAAAUGAAAAAUGAAAAAUAUUAAAAUUAAAUCAUUAUCAACACAAGAAAGCUGAAAUAAUAAGAAAAUGACAAAAAAAGUGAAAAGAUGGGAACCAAAUAACACGUGCCAAUGAGCAUGGAAAAAAAAAAAAAAAAAGUAUUUAUUUUAUUCAAAUAUAAAAGUAAAAAAAAAUAUGAUACAUUUAUUGAUUUUUUUGUUUAUUAUUAUUAUUCAUUUUGUAAUUAUAAAAUGAUUAAAUUGUAUGAUAAAAAAAAAUGAUGAAAAUACAAAAUAUUUGACUCGGUGACUUCGGCUUUUGAUGAUUCUUGACAAAUGUAUAAUUAUAAAUUUAAAAAAAAAAAAAAAUUAAUAUAAUAUCAUUCGAGUGUGAUGUUCAUAACGAUAAAGUAUUCAUGUUUUUUCAUAUUCGAAAAUUUCGUUGAUAAAUUUUUUACUCCAUCAACUCGAAAUAAAUAAAUAAAUUUAAAAAUGACAAAAAAUAAAAUUGAUAUAAAAUGCGUAUUAAAAAAUCAUGAUGUUUAUGGAUAGAAUAAAAUCAACUAAAAGUUUUUAAAAAAAUAUUAAAUGAUACUUAUAAUGUUGUUUCGAGAUAUAUAAAAAAAAAAAAAUAUUUAAAAAACAAGAAAAGUAAAAGUAUAUUUGUAAGAGUCUACCGAUCACCACGUUAUUACUUAUAUAUAAAUUACUUUUAAAUGAUGUAAUUUAAUAAGUGAUGUCUCUGUGUAUACUUGAGAAAAUAAAGUUUAAAUUUAGAAUAAAAAUAAAUGAAAAAUCAUGAAAAAUAAUAAUUGUAGUAAAAUUUAAAAAAAAAAAAAAAUGUGAGUGCAUGUAAAAUUAGAAUGUGUGAUGAUGAUUAAAUUAUAUAGAUUAUAAUUAAAAUAAAACCAUCAUAUUGUCAUGAAAAAACAAAAUUUUAAAAGUCAGAAAAUAAAAAUUAAAUAAUAUAUAAAAUUUCGAUUCAAUUGGGAUUCGAAUUUUUUUAUCAACGUCAAAUUGAGUCGUAAGUCUGCCGAAUGUCGAUGAACCCAAUUUAAAUGAAAAUAAUAAUUUAAAAAAAUUACAAAUCAAGUGUCGGCUAAUGAAUGUUAUAAUUCUGAAUUUUUAAUGAACUUCUUAGAAUGCCUAUCUAGUCUAAAUAAAUAAAUAAUUAUUUGUCAAAUAUCAUUGAUUAAAGCCAUAAAAAUAAUUCAUCUUUAUAAUUAUAAAAAAAAUUAUUUUCAUUCAAUUAAUGCAGUAAAUAAAUUUUAUACAUGCUGAAAUAUAUAAAAAAAAAUAUAAAAAUCAUUAAAAAAAUUAAUAAAUAUCUGCUAAUAAUAAUGUAAUAAUAAUUAAAAAAAAAAAUUAAACCAGCACAAAAAAAUUAAUAGCUACUUUUUAUAAUUAAUUAAAAAUAUAAUAUCAUAAUUAUUAUUAUUUAAAAAAGCCAUAUAAUUUUUUCAAAAUUAUUAAUUAAAAAAUAAUUUAAAAUGGCUAAAUAUUAAGAUAAUGUAUUUAAUUAUUUUUCCUCAAUUUUUUCACAUUUUAUUUAUUAAAAUAAUUAUUGUCUAUGAUUGUGCAACGUUGAUAAAUAAUUAAAUGAAUAAAUCAUUGUAUAUUUAUUGUUAGUAAAUAUGUAUUAUUAAUUUUAAUCAUAACAGCAGUUGCCAUAUUAUGUAAAAUUGUAAUUCUUUAUGGAAAAAAAAACAACAACAUGUGAAAUUAUAAAUUUAUUAUUAUUAUUUUUAUUACAAUAUUAAUGAUAAUUAAUAUUGAAUUUAAUUCAUAUACAUAUAUCGUGUUUCUAGUCAUAUAAUCUAUUUAAAAACGACAAAAAAUAUUAAUAAAAAAAAAUGUAACAAAUUUACACGCAUACACACACGCACAUUGCUUUUUAUGAUUAAUUAUUAAAUAAGUUUAUUUUAUUUUUAUAAUUUCAUCUGUCGGCGUGCUUUCUUGGUGGAAAAUUUAUGAUUUUUUUUCAUAAAUAUUUAUUGGGUUUUUUAUUUUCUUAAAUAAUAGUCAUUUAUUAUUUUUUUUUUUUCCUCUAUUUGUGAUUGAACACCAUUGAAAUACUGAAAAAAAAAAAAUUCGCUUUGAAUAGUUUGAAACAAUGGAUAAUUGAAAAUAAAAAAAAAAAAAAAUUUACAACAGUUGAGGUUUCCGACAAUGACUUACGUCUCACAAUGUGGUAUUUAAAAAUUUUUUUUUUAAAAUAAAUUUUAAUAAAUAUAAAUUGGUAAAUGAAAAAAAAAACAAAAAAUAAUUUAAUAAAAUUUGAAAAAAAAUAACCACCAUACAUUUCUAUCAUUACAAAUGAAUUAAUAAAAAUAAAAAAAUAAAAAAAAUCAUUUACUAAAUAAACACAUGAAAAAAAUACAAAAAUAAUAAAAAAAAAUUAAAAAAAUAUAUAGCGUUAUUAUAUCGUAAUUGUAAUAAUAAAUGGUAAAAAAUAAUGAUCAUAAUAUUGGGUAAUAAAAAAGAAAAUUAAAAUAAUUAAUAAAUAAUGUUUAAUUGAUGAUUAUAAUUAUAAACCAAGAGCGCACGUAUUUAAUUAUUAAUUAUAAAUCGAUGAUCAUUGAUUAUUUGUGAAAGAAUGUUGUGUAAGAGUCUAUUUGAAGAAAGAAUAUUGAGUUAAAUGCAAACUAAAUAAAUAAUAACUAAACAAAAAAAAAAAAUGUUAAACACAAAUCGAAA